AUGCCUCGUCCGGGCAAGAGCUCCUACAGUGACCAGAAGCCCCCUUACUCCUACAUCUCGCUGACGGCCAUGGCAAUCCAGCACUCAAGCGAGAAGAUGCUCCCCUUGAGCGACAUCUACAAGUUCAUCAUGGAGCGCUUCCCUUACUACCGCGAACACACCCAGCGCUGGCAGAACUCGCUGCGCCACAACCUCUCCUUCAACGACUGCUUCAUCAAGAUCCCGCGGCGGCCAGACCAGCCGGGCAAAGGCAGCUUCUGGGCUCUGCAUCCCGACUGCGGAGACAUGUUCGAGAACGGCAGCUUCCUGCGGCGCAGAAAGCGCUUCAAGGUGCCGCGGCCGGAACCCCACAUGCCAGCCGCGGGCAAAGCAGGGGGCGUGCUACACCCGCACUUGAGCCACUAUUUCCACCCGCACCAUUCUCAUCAGCCUCCUCCGCCUCCGCCUCCUCCUCCCCUGCAGCCCUCAGCGGCAGGCAAAGGGCAUCCCGAAUCCGCGGUGGCGGCCGCGGCCGCGGCCGUAGGGAGGCUGCCCCAGUUCCAGCCUUACAGCCCCGCGCCUGGCUUCAAGCAUCCCUUCGCCAUUGAAAACCUCAUCGGGCGAGACUACAAGGGGGUGAUCCAGGGCGGCGGGUUGCCCCUGGCUUCCGUGAUGCACCACCUCGGCUACCCGGUGGCCAGCCAGCAGAUCAGCACCAUGGUCAGCUCCAUGUGGCCCCACGUGGGCGUAAUGGAGCCUGUCGGCGGCGUGCCCCUCUCACCGGGAGAGUAUGGACCCUUCGGCAUGCCCAUGAAGGCCAUCUGCCACCCGCCUCCACAGACGCUGCCUGCCAUCCCGGUGCCCAUCAAGCCCACCCCGUCCAUGCCCGCAGCGACCGCCAUCCCUGCCCUGACCGUCAACCAGGUGGCACAGUCGCUCUGCCCCUCCAGCUCCCCGAGUUCCUCUUCUUCCGCCCUUGAACAGACUCCCCCCAGCUCCUCCGAGGGCAAGAGCGCCUUACAUUCGGCCUUGGUGCAAACUUAG